AUGUCUACUUCUACAAAAAAGAAUAACAUUUCUCUUAUUUUUAUUCUUGUAAUCAUGAUUAUCAUGACUAUAUCAGGGUUUAUUGAAAUGGGAGAAGCGAGGAAACUAAGUGAGAAACGCUCAAUAGGAUACGGAGCAAUUGGAUCAGACAAUGUACCAAAAUGUAGUCCGAAAGACCCAAAUGCAGCUGGUUGUAAGAAAACUCCGGCUAAUGCUGCAGCGUUGCUACCAGAUUUACAAGUACGGCUUCCAGAUAUGAUUCCCACUGGUUACUGGACAUUUUACAUGCGUUAUCUCCAGUGCUCGAGAUCAAAAAUAGUGUUCACCUAA